AAUAAUAUAGGGGCCUCAAAUACUGCAGACCAGACAGCACGAGGACAAUCAAAUUGUUCUUGUAAGCGAUUUAAUUAAAUUGCACACACUAGCAAGCGCUUCAUUUGAGGUGCGCUAUCGAGUAUCGAGUCUCUUUUGGUAUCAAGCACAGACAGGUUUGCACAGGUAUCCGAUUCUAUCUAUUCAACUUGGAGGAAGCGUUUGCAGAACCAGGAUGGCUAUCUGAGGAAGUCAAAACCGGGACGACCAUCAUCGCUGUUACUUUUGAUGGUGGAGUUGUUCUUGGCUCUGAUUCGCGUGUGUCUGCAGGGGAGACAGUGGUGAAUCGGGUGAUGAACAAACUCUCUCCCCUCCAUGAUAAGAUCUACUGUGCUUUGUCUGGAUCAGCAGCUGAUGCUCAAACCAUUGCUGAGAUUGUCAACUACCAACUGGAUGUGCACAGUAUUGAGGUGGAAAAUGACCCUCUGGUAUGCUCUGCUGCUACUCUGGUGAAGAAUAUUUCAUACAAAUACAAAGAGGAACUAUCAGCACAUCUUAUUGUUGCAGGGUGGGACAGGAAAGGAGGAGGACAGGUGUAUGCAACACUUAAUGGUUUGCUCUCGAGGCAGCCUUUUGCUAUUGGUGGCUCUGGGAGUUUUUACAUUAAUGGCUUUGUGGAUGCAGAGUACCUUAAACACAUGACAAAGAGAGAAAGCCAAGAGUUUGUCUUGAAUGCACUGACUCUAGCAAUGGGUCGAGAUGGCUCAAGUGGAGGUGUUGCAUAUGUUGUCACCAUUGACCAAGAUGGAACAGAAGAGAAAUGUGUCUUAUGAAAUGAACUGCCCAAAUUUUUUGACGAAUAAAACAAAGGACAUUGUUGUUAAAUAA